CGCGCUCCCGCUUCCUCCUGCGCGUUUCCACGCCCACUCGGUGGGGUUCCGUCAGGGCGCGUCAUCGGUCCCCCUGUGGAAAUGGCCGCGCAAAAGAUAAACGAGGGGCUGGAGCACCUGGCCAAAGCCGAGAAAUACCUAAAAACUGGUUUUUUAAAAUGGAAGCCGGAUUAUGACAGUGCUGCUUCUGAAUAUGGAAAAGCAGCUGUUGCUUUUAAAAAUGCCAAACAGUUUGAGCAAGCAAAAGAUGCCUGCCUGAGAGAAGCUGUUGCACAUGAGAAUAAUAGGGCCCUUUUUCAUGCUGCCAAAGCUUAUGAACAAGCUGGCAUGAUGUUGAAGGAGAUGCAGAAACUUUCAGAAGCUGUUCAGCUGAUUGAGAAAGCGAGCAUGAUGUAUCUAGAAAAUGGCACUCCCGACACGGCAGCCAUGGCAUUGGAGCGAGCUGGAAAGCUUAUAGAAAAUGUAGAUCCAGAAAAGGCUGUACAGUUAUAUCAACAGACAGCUAAUGUGUUUGAGAAUGAGGAACGCUUACGACAAGCAGUUGAAUUACUAGGAAAAGCCUCAAGGCUGCUAGUGCGAGGACGCAGGUUUGAUGAGGCGGCACUCUCUAUUCAGAAAGAAAAAAAUAUUUAUAAGGAAAUUGAGAAUUAUCCAACGUGUUAUAAGAAGACAAUUGCUCAAGUUUUAGUCCAUCUACACAGAAAUGACUAUGUGGCUGCAGAAAGAUGUGUCCGGGAGAGCUACAGCAUACCAGGAUUCAAUGGAAGUGAAGACUGUGCUGCACUUGAACAACUUCUUGAAGGAUAUGACCAGCAAGACCAAGAUCAGGUGUCGGAGGUCUGCAACUCCCCACUUUUCAAGUACAUGGACAAUGAUUAUGCUAAACUGGGCCUAAGCUUGGUGGUCCCAGGAGGGGGAGUCAAGAAGAAACCACCAGCAAGCCCUCAGGCCAAGCCUGAUGGCAUCCCCACCGCAGCUGCUGAAGACGAGGACGAUGAGUACUCAGGGGGGCUGUGUUAACGUUCUGCUCUGCAAAGGGGAAAAGAAGGCAAAGGGCCCGCCACUUCAUGGCUUCGGACCUUGUGUGAGGGUAUUUCAUAAUUCAUGGUGGUCACGAUUUUGAAUUCUGAUGAAGACUGUCAUUUUUAGUUAAUAUCUGUAUCCACUACCUGUGAAGCCCUUUGUUCUUUCCAUGAUAACAGCUUUUCUAAGAUACCAGGAGGAAUUAGCAGAAAAUAUAUUGUCAUGUUUUAAUACAGUUGAUUUUCAGGUUUGUGAGUCAAAUUGUAGACAGAUCACAUUCUAAAUAAAUGGGGCAAUAGGCAUAGAAGUUCUUCCUCUUUGAAUCUUAUUAUUAGGGAAUUUUCAUUUUAUUUAAUGACUGCUAAAAAUUUAGUUUACUGGUUGAAAAAAAACUUAGCAUUUUAAAAAUGUUUUAUUUUGCAAAAGAAAUCUGUCCCCUAUUUAAAUUAUUAAAUCUUUUCAGGGACGAGAUUGGGACAGAAAGAUAUUUUGAGCCUUACAAUGUUAUUUUAGCUUAAUAAAAGAAGCAUUUAAGGACUAUCUGUGAGUUGCAAAUUUUGAAGGUAGCUUAUUAGAUUCAUUCUCUAAAUGCCUUCAGUUCUCUCUAUACGUAUUUUUCUCAUGUAAAAAAUCUUUUUCCAAACCCACUUAGUUCUUGACUAAAUGGGAGCUGAUGAAGACCUCUUCUAUGCAUUUUAAGAAAGUAGUACUGUUUCUAUCAGUCCUGUGUAUAUACAUUUCUUUCCUCCAAAGUAAUUUCUUAUUCAUUUAGAGUUGUAAUUAUUUGACAGUAGCUAGACAUGAGAAAUUGCUGGAUACUACAAAAAUUUAGGUGAAAGAGAAGAAUUGUUUUUGAAAGACAUAUAUUUAAAAACACUUGCUGCCUAUAUUUUAAUCCUUUCAUUAUUUCCUAAAAUGUUACUUUUGAAGCAUUUCUGGCUUAGGCCCAUCUUGUAGUCUAUUCACCAGCAGUGUGCAUUCUGCAAGCCAGUGCUGUCCAAGGCAGUGUCCUCUUCAUUCAUGCCCUGUCUCUAGUUCUUCAUUGACUCUUCCCUCAUUGGAGUAGGUAGUAUUUGCUCAGUUUUGCUAGACUUCCUGUAAUGCAGAUUAGCAUUAGUGGUUUUAGUCACAGUUGAUUUUGUGACAGAGUUUAGACAGAAUAACACCCUCAUUUGACAGGUGUGGUUGGGUGGGUGGAUUUUUAGCAUCUUUAUUGAAGAUCUGAUACAAACACUAAUAAAUAAUGUUUUAAUUCCUCAAGUUACUUUCAGAGUUCUGCAGGUGGCAGCUCAUUUUCAAUAAUUAUAUUGAGAUUAACUUUGAAGUGGAUUUAAAAAUACAUUAAUAUUUCAAAGACCCCCUCAUUGCUGCCUGUGUCCUUCAGAGCCAAUCAGGAAUCUUGAGAGUCUUAUAUAAGUGCUUGUUGGAGCUAACUGAUCCUCGGUUUAAACAGAUUUUGGCAGUACUCUAAAGAUGCUUUAGAGUCGUUAUAGAUGCUAUUCUUACGACUUCAGAAAAAGUUAUCUUAAUUUUACUCUUCUUACGUACUGAAAGCUUACAAAAAAUCAGGAUGAUUCUGUGCAUUCUGUAGCAAAAGUGCAGCUGAGCCUUGAACAAUACAAACGGCUUUAUACAAGUGCAGCUUCCCUCACACACACCCUGCCCAACUUUAAGAACGGAUAUUCCGUGUUCUUAAACUGUGUGGAUAGUUCUUUGUUGUCUGGGUUAUUAUGGGGUGACUCUAGAGCAUUUGUUCCUCAUUUAUUGUAUUUUAUUUUUCCCCUUACAAAGAUCUUUUACCCUGAGAUGAUAGUCAGAAGAGGAAAACUUGGUGUUAACAACAGGAAAAAAUUAUUUUUCAGAACUCUAGUGUCAUCACUUUACAGACAGUGGAAGUCUGCAUGAUUAUGCUCUGAAUCUAAAGUUCAGUGUUCUGUUACAUUAUAAGAAAUCAGUCUACAAAAUAUAUUUAAUAUAUUGAAUUUAUCUGUACAUAUGCAGAGUACGGUAUUUAUAUAUGGAAUCUGUGCUUUAUUCUUAUUUUUUCCAGUUCUAUGAUGAGUAGAAUAUUAAAUGUGUUGUUAUGAACAUGCAGAUUAUUGCUUCUCUAGGAAGGUAAUUACGAAAAUAAAAAUCUGAAACUAUAAA